AUGACAAUUGUAAAUCCACAAGGAAAGAAGAAGGCUAAAAGUACUGCUAAAUUUUGUCUCAAUUUAUGUGUGGCACUCAUGUUAGCUGUUUCGCUACUUGGUGUUUUUAUUGGAAUUAUAAUACUUGGAGCAAGUGAAAAACCAGAUGCCGAUUCUUUAACUAAACUAGUUUCUUGUAAUGUAAAGGAAGUUGCUUCAAAAAGUUGUACAACAAAUUGUCAAUUAACAGUUUAUGUUCCACUCUUAGGAAAAUCAUUAACAACUGAAUACUUUUCAUCAUCAGAUCAAGCAUAUUCAUAUACAAGUGGAAAAACCAUUGAUUGUUAUGUCAAUACUUUUUAUGAAAAUUAUGAAUCACCAAAAGUUAGUGUAAAUUCUGUACAAACUGCAUACGCUUUCAUUCUGUCAUUAAUUGGAGGUAUUUUUAUUGGAGUUUCUCUUUUAGGUUUAAUUAUUACUAUUGGUAUGAGUUAUUAUUCAUGUGCCAUGUUAAUUAGACCUUAA